UCAUCAAAGCGGAAGCAGAAUAAAUAAAGGCGGGACUGUGCUUGCUAAUUAGCGCCAUUUUCCACGAGAAGAAAUGUUCUUCCUGCACUUCCUUCUGCACAUCUUCGUGACUUCCGCCGACGUCAACGUCAACAUCGGCGCUCACUUCGGGACUAAAAGCCGCUACGAGGAGGUGAACCCGCACCUGCUGGCCGACAUCCUGGCCGUCAAUCACUCCAUCCUGCGGCCUCCCACCACCGAGCGCUGCUCCCCGGUCCAUGUGAGCGCCCUGGUCCGGCACGGCAGCCGCUACCCGACCGUCAACAACGUCCGCGCCAUCCGGAAGCUGAGCGACUUGCUCCGGAGCCAAAGGCCGCAAGAGGGGACGGCAUGGAGGCGGGACAUCCUGGAGGGAUGGCGGAUGUGGUACACUGACGACAUGGACGGUGAGCUGGUCCACAAAGGUAGAGAAGACAUGCGUCACCUGGCCAGGCGUCUCUCCCUGCUCUUACCUUCUCUGCUGGGGGAGGAGCCAGUGCGCAGGGGGCGUGUCCAGCUGCUGAGCAGCUCCAAGCAUCGUUGUGUCAGCAGCGUGGAAGCUUUCCAGGAAGGACUUCACCUGCAAGCACACCUGUCACACGUCGACUACAGCCACAGAGUGGACGACCAGCUGCUGCGCUCCUUUGAGCGUUGCCCUGGUUACGUGGAGGGCGUGGAGAAGAACCACACGGCGCUGGCCGAGGUCCACAAGUUCCGAGACGGCCAGGAGAUGGACGGCGUGAGGACCAAGGUGGCGGACAAACUCGGCCUUCCUGGCCACAGCUUGACAGCAGAUCUGCUGGAGGCGGCGUUCUUCUUGUGCUCCUACGAGCUCGCCAUCAAGUCCCAACACUCGCCCUGGUGCUUCCUGUUUGACCAGGACGACGCUCAGGUUCUGGAGUACAAGUUGGACCUGAAGCAGUACUGGAAGCGUGCGCACGGUCACGCCAUCAACAGCCUGUCCAGCUGUCCACUCUUUCAUCACAUCUUCAGGACUCUGGACAAGGCGGGACGACCCCGCAGGUCCUCAGAGGCGUCCCCAGAGCCCGCCUCCAUUCUGAUUGGCCACGCAGAGACGCUCCUCCCCCUCCUCGCCCUGCUGGGACUUUACAAGGACCAGGCUCCGCCCACUGCAGACAACUACCACGCACAGCACGGUCGAACGUUCCGAACAAGCAAGAUCGUCCCGUACGCCGCCAACGUGCUCUUUGUGCUCUACGACUGCCAGCGAGGACCCCGACUUCAGUUGCUCGUCAACGAGACCCCGGUUCGAUUCCCGGGACUGUGGGCAGAGGACGCGCCGCUGUACCGUGACGUCCGCGCGGCGUACCGCCACCUGCUGGACGGCUGCGACUUCCAUAAAGAGUGUCACGGCGCCCACGGCGGCCGAGGACCCAACACGGAGCUGUGAUGCACGCUCCCAGUCUUUUCACAAUAAAAGUCUUGGACCAGA